CAUCAUCACCACCACCACUCCUCCUCCAUCACCACCACCACCAUGAGCUUCCGCAUCGCAGCUCAACGCUCCGCCGCCCUUCGCAGCGCUGUCGCCCGCCCGGCAACCGCUGCCCCGGCCAGCGCUGCCUUCUCGACGACUUCGCGCACCCUCCAAGCUGCGCAGAAGCCUGAGCCCUCUGAGCGUGCCGCCUCGAUCAUCGACUCUCUUCCUGGCAACUCCCUCAUCUCCAAGGCUGGUAUCGUCACCCUCGGCACUGGUCUGUCCGCCGUCGCUAUCUCAAAGGAACUCUACGUCGCAAACGAGGAGACGGUCAUUGCUGGUGGUUUCUUGAUCUUCGCUGUCCUUGUCGGCAGGAUGAUCGCCAAGCCCUACGGCGAGUGGGCUGACGGAGCCUCCGGCAAGAUCCGCGACGUCCUCCUUGGCGCCCGCAAGGACCACACCGAGGCUGUCCAGGCUCGCAUCGACUCCGUCGAGCAGCAGAAGGACGUUUCGGCUCACACUUCCGCCCUCUUUGCUCUUGCCAAGGAAACUGCCCAAAACGAGUCCGUCGCUUUUGAGCUGAAGCAGCGCACCGAGCUCGCCUCCGAGGUCAAGGCCGUCCUUGACUCGUGGGUCAGGUAUGAGGGACAGCAGCGCGAGGAGGAGCAGCGUCAGCUUGCUCGCUCCGUCAUCGAGAAGGUCACUGCCAGCCUCAGGGACGAGAAGACCCAGAAGCAGAUCCUUGAUGACGCUGUUGCUGAGAUUGAGGGGCUCGUCAAGAGCAAGGCAAUCUAAGGAGAAGAGAUGGACGGAUAUAUGCAUGCGCAUGGUGGAGAAGAGGAGGGUGGUAGGAAGCAGCAGUGAAGGGAGAAUGGUAUGCUGCUAUGACGGUAGCGGCAAGCUGAGCGUGGUGAAGGGGUUGUUUCCCACCACAUCUUCUAGCCAUGGGAUAUCAAGCAGCGGCUAGAUGAAUAUUGAUCCACGAUCACACGCACGUAGCCGCCUCAGUCGCAGAGCAGUACAGAUCGCGUUGCACCCCUGCGGCCACGAGCGGGGCACAAAGCCUGGCCAACUUCCUUCGUUCUGAUCGCAGCAGACACUCGCACCUUGCAAGAUGCAACGUGGAUGAAG